AAAAAGUCAACCCCUCCACGCCGCAACUCAACUCACAAAAUAUUGACAACCUAAUUUCCUGCAAACCCUCCCUUUCUGCCUUAGCUUCUGUGUCCAAAUCCGUCUUCAAGUUUAAACUGUGUCGCAACGGCCCGUCUUCACGCGUGCAUGGUCAUCUUGAAUCUCAGGGCCGCAAGAAACCUGGUUGCUCCGAGCUUCUGAACUCGUCCGCAUUUGUGCCCACGCGUUUUGCGCCGAGGCGCCCCAUUCCGCUUCACCAGUCCGCUUCUCUAGCCCGCUUCUCGACCUAGCUUCACGACAUCCUCUUCCUCUGACGCCUCCCAUCAUGUCUAUGCUUCCUCCCGAAGUCAAUGCUGAGCUGGCACAGCUCUUGCAGGCUCUCCAGUCCGCCGACAACAAUGUCCGGUCUCAGGCGGAAGAGCAUCUCCAGAGCAACUGGAGCAAUGCGAGACCCGAGGUGCUCUUGAUGGGACUCGCUGAACAGAUUUCCGCCUCCACGGAUGCUUCAAUGCGCUCGUUCGCAGCUGUCAUAUUCCGCCGAAUCGCUUCUAAAACAAGAAAGAUGCCGACCUCGGAUAGCGUCGACACGUUCAUCUCGUUAAGCAAUGAUCAGGCUGCUGUGAUCCGUCAAAAGCUGCUGGAAACACUCGCAUCAGAGUCUGACCGAGCAGUUCGCAAUAAGAUCAGCGAUGCGGUCGCCGAAAUCGCGAGGCAAUACUCCGAGAACAACGAUUCUUGGCCAGAUCUGCUGGCCGCGCUCUUCCAGCUUAGUAUUGCGCCUGACGCUGGGAAGCGAGAGACGGCGUUCCGUGUCUUCACCACCACCCCUGGGAUUAUCGAAAAGCAACACGAGGACGCCGUGGCCCAGGCGUUCACUCGCGGGUUCAAGGAUGACUCGGUUUCCGUCCGCCUCGCUGCCAUGGAAGCCUUUGCGGCCUUCUUCCGCAGCCUGUCCAAGAAGGGUCAGGUGAAAUACUACGGCCUUCUCCCCGAGGUCUUGAAUAUUUUGCCUCCCAUCAAAGAGUCUCAAGACUCGGCCGAUCUCAGCAAGUCACUCGUUGCGCUGAUCGACCUCGCCGAGACGGCCCCAAAGAUGUUCAAGCCGCUGUUCCAUAACUUGGUCGUAUUCAGCGUCUCAGUUAUCCAGGACAAGGAGCUUAAUGAUCUCUGCCGGCAGAACGCGCUCGAACUCAUGGCUACUUUUGCUGAUUAUGCCCCUUCAAUCUGCAAGAAGGACAGUUCCUACACCACCGACAUGAUUACCCAGUGCCUGAGUCUCAUGACGGAUUUAGGAGAAGAUGAUGACGACGCUGCUGAAUGGUUGGCGUCCGACGAUUUGGACCAGGAGGAGAGCGACCUAAAUCACGUUGCAGGCGAGCAAUGUAUGGACCGGCUUGCGAACAAGCUGGGAGGCGUCGUGAUUCUCGGCCCUACCUUUGGCUGGCUGCCCCGCAUGAUGCAGUCAAUGGCCUGGAGAGAUAGACACGCCGCUCUGAUGGCCAUAUCUGCCAUCUCGGAGGGCUGCCGGGAGCAGAUGAUUGGUGAACUGCACCAGGUCCUCGACCUUGUCAUCCCGGCAUUGAAGGAUCCGCAUCCCCGAGUGCGGUGGGCCGGAUGCAAUGCGUUGGGCCAGAUGAGCACAGACUUCGCACCUACGAUACAAAAGGACUAUUAUGAUAGCGUCCUCAAGGCCAUCAUCCCGGUCCUAGAGUCUCCCGAGGCUCGGGUCAAGUCCCACGCCGCCGCCGCCCUGGUCAACUUCUGCGAGGAGGCAGAGAAGAGCAUCCUUGAGCCAUACCUGGACGAGUUGUUGUCCCACCUCUUCCAGCUUCUGCAGAACGAGAAGCGUUACGUGCAGGAGCAGGCUCUGUCGACAAUUGCCACCAUCGCCGAUGCUGCAGAGCAAGCCUUUGGCAGAUACUACGAUACCUUGAUGCCCCUGCUGGUGAGCGUCCUCCAGCGCGAGAACGAGAAGGAAUUCCGCCUCCUCCGUGCAAAGGCUAUGGAGUGCGCCACCUUGAUUGCUCUGGCGGUAGGGAAGGAGAGGCUGGGUGGCGACGCCUUGACCCUCGUCCAACUCCUUGCAAAUAUCCAGCGGAGCAUUACCGACGCCGACGACCCACAGUCCCAAUACCUCAUGCACUGCUGGGGCCGAAUGUGCCGUGUCAUGGGUACCGAAUUCUUGCCAUUCCUGCCCAGCGUCAUGCCCCCGCUGCUGGAUCUCGCAAGUGCCAAGGCCGACAUUCAGCUCUUGGACGACGACGACCAGAUCGAACAGAUGCAGCAGGAAGAAGGGUGGGAGCUGGUUCCUUUGCGAGGAAAGACCAUCGGCAUCCGGACGAGCACCAUGGAUGACAAGAACAUGGCCAUCGAGCUUCUGGUUGUCUAUGCCCAGGUCCUCGAGGGCUCCUUUGCGCCGUAUGUCGCCGAAAUAAUGGAGAAUAUCGCCCUGCCUGGCCUGGCCUUCUUCUUCCAUGAUCCGGUCCGGUUUGUAUCUGCCAAGCUGGUGCCGCAGCUCCUGAGCUCGUACAAGAAGGCCUAUGGCAACCCAUCAAACGAGCUGAACGGCCUAUGGAACGGGACAGUGGACAAGCUCUUGGAAGUCCUCACUGCCGAGCCUGCCAUCGACACCUUGGCAGAGAUGUACCAAUGCUUCUACGAGUCUGUCGAGGUCCUGGGCAAAGGCUGCCUGAGCGAGACUCAUAUGCAACGUUUCAUUGAUUCGGUCAAUUCUACUCUCGAGGAUUACAAGGACCGUGUGGCUCUGCGGGCCGAAGAGAAGGAGGGAGCGACCGCCGACGAUGUCGAGGACGAGGCUGAAGACAUACUGAUCGCGAUCGAAGAUGAUCAGACGCUCCUCUCAGACAUGAACAAGGCAUUCCACUGCAUUUUCAAGAGUCACGGGGCCGCCUUUCUUCCCGCCUUUGAGCGUCUCAUGAAAACGUACGAAGGCUUCCUCGCAUCCCAGGAUCCUACACAGCGACAAUGGGGCUUAUGCAUCAUGGAUGACGUCCUUGAAUACUGCGGGCCAGAGAGCAGCCAUUACGCGAACUACAUCACCCAACCGCUCAUAAAUGGCUGCCAGGAUCCGACGCCCGCGAUCCGGCAGGCGGCUGCAUACGGGAUUGGCGUCGCAGCCCACCGGGGAGGGGCGGCGUGGGCCCAGUUCCUUGGUGGGACGAUUCCAUUCCUCUUCCAGGCUACUCAGCUCCCCGACGCGCGAAACGAAGAUAACAUCUACGCCACGGAGAAUGCCUGUGCUGCAAUCGCAAAGAUUCUCCACUACAACUCGUCGGCCGUUCAACAGCCUCUGGAAGUCAUGGCGCAGUGGGUUGACACUCUGCCCGUAACCAACGAUGAAGAGGCGGCGCCAUAUGCCUAUGCCUAUCUAGCCGAACUGAUUGACAAGCAACAUCCGGCUGUGAUGAGCCAAGCCCAGAAGGUCUUCUUCUUCGUUGCUCAGGCUCUCGAGGCCGAGUCCCUCUCUGACCAGACUGCCAACCGGGUUGUUGCUGCUACAAAGCUGCUGCUGACAGCUUCGAACACGGAUCCCAUUCAACUAUUACAGCAGUUCUCCCCCGAGGCCCAGCAAGUUAUCAGAGGACACUUUGGUUAGGAGGCAUGCAGCCGAUACGCUGGAUGGCUCGGGGGAAUCGCUUUCUUCGGGCACGUUCUUUUCAGAUGUCGGAACAGCACCGAAGACUACCGCAGAAGAUCGAGAUAGGCGGCGAUGUAACCAGGGCAAAGGAAGCUAUUCACAGUUCAAACUC